AUAUUUUUUAUUUAUUUUCUGUUAUCAAACGAAACAGAAUGAUACAAUAUUUAAAAAGGGAUAAACACAAUAUCGUUUUUAAAUAAUAACAGGAAAUAAAUUAGAUAUAAUGAAUUUGUGGAAAGUUAAAAGCGUCAAGAGAUAAUUGAUUAUUUUAACUUAAAUUAACCUUAUCUAACCGUUUCAAGAUAAAUUGUAUACAAAGGUAUACGUUUAAAUGCAUAUGGUAUAAAAACGAUUGUAUUAAUCGUGUUAAAAGUGUACUAUUAAAAUUCUAAUACUUAAAAGUCUGCAAUGGAAACAAGUUUUAUAAAACUUUCAUUUCAGGCGGACAAGCUUAUUAGAAUAAAACGUGCCAACACCGACGUCCGGGAAGUGACCUCAGAGACCUUAUUCGUUCAUUUCUACAUAUAUCCUUAACUUUUUUCUUCAAGUAAAACGAGUGUAGAAAAUGGUCGAAGAUACAUACGCUAUGAAGCAAAUUUUCAUAGAUGAAGAGACAGGUGAAAGCUUGAUGCAAUCUUUCCGGGACAACUUAGACAUACAUGAUCCUGUUAGUUCAGUGAAUAAUGUCGAAACUGGUGAACCUGAAGUUAAUUUCAUAAAGAUUGCAACGCAAAGAAGUAGAAAAGUGCCUUUCCAGAUACCAAAACAAAUAAAAGAUAAUAUGAUGCCUAAGAAAUCGGGCUGUAAAUUAGAUAAUAUGGAAAUGGAACCUGUACCGAUUGGAUCAUCAUUCGGACAAGUAAAUCCAAUCUGUUUGUUUCUACCAGCUAUUAUAUAUUCCCGUUGGUUUCUGGCAUUACUUAUGACGUUUGAAGUUAUUUUACAUGUGUGGGCGCAUCACAAAAAUAAGUCAUUAAAAAAUGCUAAUGUAUAUUUUCGAUCACCAUUCCACGCUAUAUCAUCUGAGUUUUGUGCUCUUUGUCAGAAUGAAACAUGUAUGGAUCGUGUUGGAAAAUUGCAGCAAAAACGGAUGCACAAAUUCUUUCGACAAUGUAACUAUAUGAAAAGAAUAGUUACAUGAAAUAUCUUUGUAAAAAAUGUUAUUCUUGUAACAUAUUGUACUGUGUCAUAUAUUGAUCAAGUGUAACAUGUUUACAGUUUUACAUUAGGGCAAUAUUUUUUAUAUAAAAUAACCUAAAUUGUGUAAGAAUAUCUUAUAUUCAAGUUAUCAAAUUAUUAAUAACGAUUUGGUAAAAAACUAAUCCAUUUGUAAUAUAGAAGUAAAUAUGCUAACAAAAAUCAAAAGUUUUUCUACAAGAUAGAAGGUGGAAGUUUAACAUUCUAUACAAUGAACAAAAAAUAAAUAACUUAGGUAGUCAUUAUUCAUAUAUCUUUGUUUAUAUAGUACAAGUAUUUUAUUGUUACAACAUAGGUUUACAGAGGUUUUAUUUUUAUAUUUAAUAAACUAUGUUAUUAAAGUAUAACUUUAUCAAUAAAGAUAUUUACUGAAAUUUAAUUUCUAUUAAUAUUAUUAUUAAUAAAUUACUAGGGGAAACAAA